CCCCCCCUUUCCUGGCUCUCCCGGCCGCCGCCGGAAGCAUGGGCGCGGGCUGGGAGCUGGGGGCUGCGGCGGGGCGCUCGCUGCUGCUGUGCGCCGCGCUGCUGGUCGCGGGCUGCGCGCUGGGCCUGCGCCUGGGCCGCGGGCGGGCGGCGGCGGACCGCGGCGUGCUCGCCUGGCUGUGCUAUGACGCCCUGGUGCACUUCGCCCUGGAAGGCCCUUUUGUCUACUUGUCUUUCGUAGGAAACAUCGCAGAUUCCGAAGGCUUGAUUGCUUCAUUGUGGAAAGAAUAUGGCAAAGCUGAUGCAAGAUGGCUUUAUUUUGACCCAACCAUUGUGUCUUUGGAAAUUCUGACUGUUGUCUUGGAUGGGUCUCUGGCAUUGGUCCUCAUUUAUGCCAUAGUCAAAGAGAAGUAUUAUCGGCAUUUCCUACAGAUUACCCUGUGCGUGUGUGAAUUAUAUGGCGGGUGGAUGACCUUCUUCCCAGACUGGCUUAUGGGAAGCCCCAACCUCAACACCGACAGUUGGCUCUACUUUGGGGUCUAUCUGGUAUUUUUCAAUAGUGUGUGGGUUCUGAUCCCAGGACUGUUACUGUGUCAGUCAUGGGUAGAACUCAAGAAAAUGUAUUACAAAGGAACCAAUUCAGGGAAAAAGUUUCAGUGACUUUUCAAAAUCACAAACACUGAUUUCUUGCUUUAUAAGCCAGAAUGGAUCAAACCUUCUUGUUUGGCCAAAAUGUAAUGCAUUCCAGUGUAUACUUUCCUUUUAUAGUGUUGUUCCUCAACAGCUUAUUUCAAAUUGAUUGCAAGGUGGCAAGUCUUUGUCUUUGUUUUUGUUUUUGUUUUUUUUUUCAAUUAAAUGACAAUAUGGGGAACAGAGAGUAAAUUUUAACUUGUAAUAAUAACGUCUUUAAUUAUACACUUUUAUGGCUCUAUUAAUUGUUCCACAUUAUUAAAGCCAAUUAUCAUAAAAUGCUAUAGAGCAUAUUAUAUUAAUUUUUUAUUCCAAGAACAUAUUGUUGCCUCAGCUUUUUUAAAAAUGUAAAUAAAUCCAAGUUAGUUAACAUAUAGUGUAAUAAUAAUUUCAGAAAUAGAAUUUAGUGACUCAUCACUUGCCUCAGCUUUUAAUCAUCUCACUUAUCUUUCGGUUACCAAAGUGAGACCAGACAUGAAAUGAAUGCUUCUAUUUUACAUUUGUCCUUUAUCAAAUUUGUGAAGCCAACAGAUAUGAUAGUAGCAGAACCCUGUGAGUAGAUUAGAAAUGGACCAAGUUCCACACAGACAGGUGACACAAAAGGAUACAAAAAGCUGCAAUAAGUUUGACUGCACUAAAAGUACUCUGUUCAUCAAGUCACCACUAAGAGAGUAGAAAAGGAACCCAGAAGGUAGAAGGUAUUUGCAGUACAUAUUACUGACAAAGGACCCAUCCUGAAUAAAGAACUCCUGUAAGUCGAUUAGAAAGUCAAAUCGAAAGUUAACAAAAUAUUUAUGUUUUUUGUGGUUUUUUGUUUUUUAAUUUUUUAAAUAUUUAUUCAUUUUUGAGAGAGAGAGACAGAGCUCAAGCGGGGGUAGGCAGAGAGAGAAGGAGACAGAAUCCCAAGCAGGCUCCAGGCUCUGAGCUGUAAGCACAGAGUCGGACGCAGGGCUCGAACCCACGAGCCAUGAGAUCAUGACCUGAGCCAAAGUCAGACACUUAACCGACUGAGCCACCCAGGCACCCCUUAGCAAAAUAUUUGAAUAACUACUUCAUGAAAGAGAAUAUACAGAUGAGAAUUUAGGAAACCACAAUAAGGUGUUCCUCCACACCUAUCAAAAUGGUAAAAGUGGGGCACCUAGGUGGCUCAGUUGGUUAAGCGUUCGACUUCAGCUCAGGUCAUGAUCUCACAGUUUGUGGGUUCAAGCCCUGUGUCGGGCUCUGUGCAUCAGGCUCUGUUCUGAGAGCUCAGAGCCUGGAUCCUGCUUCAGAUUCUGUGUCUCUCUCUCUCUCUCUCUCUCUCUCUCUCUCUCUCUGCCCUUCCCCCACUCAUGCUCUUGUCUCUCUCUCAAAAAUAAAUAAACAAAAUGCUAAAAGUAAAAAGACUGACAAUGAGGAGUAUUGGUGACGAGGUGGAACAAGAACUCUCAUGCAGCGCCGGUGGGAACGUAAAGUGGAAAACUGUUUAGAAAUAACUAUUAAAACUGGACGUGUACGCGCUUAGAACCCGGUAAUCUGACUCUAGGUAUACACCUCCCAGAAGUGCUUACUAUAUGCACCAGAAUGGCAGCAUUAUUCAUUUAAUAACCCCAAACUGGAAACACCUUAAAUGAAUAUAUUGUAAUACAGACACACGGCGGACUAGAAACCAAUGCAAAUUAACAACUAGUGUUACAACAAUGCAGAUGAAUUUUACAAUGAUGAACAAAAGAAGCCAGACUAAAAGAAUAUGUAUUAUAUGAUUUUGUUUAUAUAAGGUCCCAAACCAGGUAAAACUGUGGUGUUAGAAAACAGGAUAGGCUCAGUCAGUUAAGCAUCAGACUCUUGAUUUCUGCUCAGGUCACAAUCUCACAGUUCUGUGCUGACACCACAAGGAACCUGCCUGGUAUUCUCUGUGUCCCUCUACUAAGUAAACUUAAAACAAAAAAGAAAAAGGAAAAAGAAAACAGGAUAAAGGUUGCCCUUGGGGAAGACAGUUGGAUGUACUGAUAGGGAGAAGUCAUGAGAGGAUUUCUGAGAUGUUGUUAGUCUAUUUCUUUUUCAUUUGCAUGGUGGUUAUAAUCUGAUCAUUCAGCUGUACACUUACAAAUGGUACACUUCUCUCUCUAUAUGUUCUGCUUCGAUUUUAAAAGUCUAUAUUUAGAAACUUUUUUUUUUAUUUUAGAGAGAGACGGAGACUAUGAGUGGGGGAGAGAGACAGAGGGAGAGAGAGAGAAUCUGAAGCAGGCUCCACGCUUGGUGCAAAGCCCAGUGUGGGGCUUAAUCCCACGUUCUUGGGAUCAUGACCUGAGCUGAAAUCGAGAGUCAGACACUCAACCGACUGAACCACCCAAGCACUCCUUAAAAGUUUAUUUUUAAAAAUCCCUGGUAUGAAGACCUGGAAAAUGUCUUCAGUGGACCCUCAUGAAGAGGACACUGUGUCCUUGACAACAGAUUCAGUGUAACAGGCUGUUUCUAACAGUGUCCCCGAUGUGGGCAGAAGGCAGGAUGCCAGCGGGAGAGUCUGUAAAAGCCUUUCCAUGAGGGAUUACCUAGUUGUUUCCGGAACUUUGCUCUCUGCUGAUCUGGCUCAAUCCAAGGGUGAACAGAGUAGGGAAAAAUGGAUGGGCCGCAGCCCUGCAGGCAGUCCUGAAAACAUGAUGUCUCUCAACAGUUUUUGCUGAGUGCUGAAUGGGAGAGAAAUGGGGAUUACAGACUUUGACAGGAACUUGGAGUACAGAUACACGCUGCUGCCAAAGAAGGACAGAUCUCAAUGUUUUAACAGUUAAGUGAGUUGGCGAGAAAUGGUGUCCCAGUGUGAAAGUCUAACAUAUCCUGUUAGAAGCCCUUCUCCCCAUCAGAGAGAGGUGGGGGCAAGGUGCCAAGGCAAUACUGUGUUUCACUGGUGCUAAGAUAGAUUUUUUCCUCCAUAUUUUAAUAUUUUAAAAAUUAGAAUGCAUUUUACGUUUGCCGUGCCUCAGUUCGUUGGAGGUGGGUUUUUUUUUUUUUCUAUCAAAGUAUGAGGCAUCUUAUCAUUAAUGGUAUCUCAGAUUCAAUUAAAGAAGUCACUAUCUUCAAUGUUGUUCCUUCAAGCCUCAGUAUCUCCAACUACUUGGAGGUGAUAGUUCAAAUUUACCUUAAAAGUCUAAAUUUUGGAGGCGCCUGGGUGGCUCCGUUGGUUGAGCAACCCACUCUUGAUUUCGGCUCAGGUCAUGAUCCCAGGGUCGUUGGAUCGAGCCCUGUGCCGGGCUCCAUGCUGAGCAUGGAGUCUUUGGAUUUUCUUGCUCCCCCUCCCCUCCCUAAAUAAACAAACAAAUGUCUAAAUUUUGCUUGGGUCCUUAGGGAUCACUUACUUGCAUACUCCCCUCCACCCCUCCUUCCAUCCCUUCACAUUUGUUCCCUGGGAGCCAAGCACACAAGACAGGCUUGGAGGAAUACAUAAAAUGAUUUGCGGUAGGUUAUUAAUUGCUUAUAUUUUAGGUAACCAGAUUCCUGCAAACAGGCUGUCCCAUCCCCAGUAUUAUUUACACUGUAAAUUUCCUUUGCAGAUUCUUCCUUUCCAGGUAACGUUGAGGCAGAUGAUCAGCAUAACCAAUCUAAAUUCACGGUGUAAGUGAUCGUUUCCUUGCAUUUAAUUAUGUCAACUCUACAACUCCUGGAGUCCUAGCACCAGGGCUCCGGGAAAGGUCCAAGAUUGCAGAGUAUGAAAUUGUAAAAUAAUACUUUGUCAGAGACAGGUUUGAUUGAAGACAAAAUGCAAAAAGUUUGGGGAAGAAUCCUUUGUUUAUUUUAAAAUUAUUAUUGGGGGCGCCUGGGUGCCUCAGUCGGUUUAGCGUCUGACUUCGCUCAGGUCAUGAUCUCGCGGUCCGUGAGUUCGAGCCCCACAUCGGGCUCUGUGCUGACGGCUCGGAGCCUGGAGCCUGCUUGGGAUUCUGUGUUUCCCUCUCUCCCUGCCCCUCCCCUGCUCACUCUCUGUCUCUCUCUGUCUCUCAAACAUAAAUAAAAAUUUAAAAAAUUUUUCUUUUUAAUUAUUAAAAUCCACGAACCUUUUCUUGUGUGUUAUGGAAGCUAGAGUUUGAAUCUAAGGAUAAAUCAUAUAUAAAGAGAAUAAUUGGGCAAGGCUUGCAUGAACAAGGUAAACUGUUGCUAUCUUUAAUUUUAGUUAAAUGCCUGUGAGGUAACAGGGAGGGCCUGGCAGGCCUAAGCAUAAUGUGAGCUAACUGUGAGGCUUCUCCACCUACUGCCCUUUUAGAAUCUCUACACCUUCCCUUCCCCCUUUCCAUUGCUUGACACAGACCCCAGACCUAACAAAAUCCAUUUCCCAUCACCACUUCAUUGUAGGAAACAAAUCGCAUCCACUAGUUAAUCUUAAGGUAUCAAUAAUUGAUCCUAGUGUGAUGUAUUACCCUUCCCAAAUGUAUUUGCAUAAAAAAUGUAUUACACAACUGACACAUUUUCAUUGCUGAGAAAUGGAAAAUUCAGAUAAGCAAAAAGAAAACAAACAUGCCCAGUAUCAUCAGGAAGAACCACUAUUACAAAUUUAGUUUCUGUUUCUCAAGCUCUUGUCUGUGCAUGUAUUAACAUUUUGGGGAGACUUCAACCUUGGAAGUAGGGCGUUCACACCCCUUCCUUCCUCUCUCUCCCUUGCCCUCAGCUGAUCAUCAAGAAGCAGUGGUCCUACAGAACCAGCUGUGGAUAGUAUUACAGAACAUGGCCCCAUUCUUGAGAAAUCCAUGCACUUACAGAGGUUGAUAGGUAGCAGUUAUCAUUUAUUUUUGGAAACUAGUUUCCGUUGAUGCGUAUGUUGACACAGAUCAAGUUGACAUCUUAAAAUAUUUGAUUGGCCACAUCCCAGCUCUUCAAGGGAGGGAUCAACUGUGCUGAGCCUGCUGCAGUAUUACGUCCUACGUGUUUAAUCCCUUCCCUUCCAGAAGCCUUCCUCAGUCCCUUUAGAGUCAGAGGCAAAGACUGAAUUCUUGCAGCCCUUGUCUGUGUCCCUUAAAUGGCCCUGGGUGGCCUUGUAUUGUUAUUUUUGACAUCCACCUUCACAACUUCACAGGGGCCUCGAGGCCACACUUAGAAUCCUAGAUUCUUGUACUGCUUAAGGGAGCCUCGGAGAGGUCCACCCAAGGAGGCUCAAGAGGGCUUAGAUAACUGCCCAAGGCCACAUAGCUUUUAAGUGAGGUAGGACCCAGUGUUCUUUCUAUUCCAGCAAUGUUAGACAUAUUCCCAGAGCUUAUAAGUUAUGAAGUUAUUCAACUUUGCUUAUUUUUUUAUGAUCUAAAAAAUUUGGCCUAAAAUGCCUUUCUGAUCAUCUGAGUCUAUUCAUUAAACUUGAGUCGUCUCUCAA